AUGGCAUCCGAGUUCAUCGGAUACAACGUCCUUGUGACGCUGCGACUGCCGCCAGGUGGGAAGCUUCAAGGGCAGGUCGCCAAUGUGAUUGGGCAUACUUUGCUGCUGAAAAAUGUCACUCUCCUGUGGAACGGUCAGCAUCAUGCCCAAUUUUCGAUUGAUGCCUCCGCCAUCACCGACUUGUCUCUGGAAUCGACCAAAGCAGCACCGCCGCAGCACCAGGAUCCAUCGCAAUCACUUCAACUGGCUGCACUUGCCCGAGCUGGACCCCCUCCUCCGCAGCACCAGAAUGGAUCACAGGAAUUUCAACGACUGGAAGCACUUGCCCGAGCUACAGCCCCUCCUCCGCAGAGCCAGAAAGCAUCACAGGAACUUCAGGAACUUCGACUGGCUGCACUUGUCCGAGCUGCAGCCACUCCUCCGCAGCCCUUCGCAGACCCCGCUAUCCUGAGCUUCUCCAAGCCCCCUUCCCAGCUCCCCGCACAGCCCGCGCAACCCGCACAAACCCACUUUGCAGGGUCAAAUAUUGCGCAAGCUCCAGUCUCUGUCAGCGCAUCCUUGACUGAGCCAUUUAGCAAUCUAGAGCUGAACACGGGAGUUGCGCGAGGUGGAGGUCAUGGAAUCUCUCACCCAAAUGAGCCUCAGGUUGCACAGAGCCUGACGACCCCCACCAAGCAGACACCGAAGCGAAACCGUCGUGGAAAUGAGGAUGGGUUCAUCAAACAUGGUGCUGCGGCAAGCACUAACCCAAAGAGCAAAGGCUGGCGCCAGACUGCGUUUGUUGAACCUGCUUCCUCAGCCAACCACGGGUCGCCUGAACAUGGAGUGCAGCCAGGCGCAAAGCUUCGCAAGAAGAAGCCACGCCGUGGGUACGCUGAAGACCCCAGUGGAUGGGCCACGGAGGAUGCAACCGAUAUUCAAGAGCUGGGCGAAUUUGAUUUCCAGAGCAACCUUUCCAAGUUCGACAAGCGCAGUGUCUUCGAACAGAUCCGCAAUGAUGACAACACGGCCUUCGAGGCUCGCCUUGUCAGCUUCAAUCGCCGGCAGAAGCCCGGCACGAACGGUGGAAAGAACCUCCACUGGACGGAGAACGUGCUUGAUAGCGCUCCAAACAGCGACACUGGUGAUGAUGUCGAAGGUAUUAGUGAUGCCAGACUCAGCAGUGAGAACAUCUCCGGGCGCAUCCAAACCUCUCGCAAGAGCAGCACGAUCAUGGCUCAGCCCAUGGUGCCUCAAAUCAGUGCGAUUGGUCGCAGCCAGCUCAUCACCUCUCGCGACGCGAGCCCUCGACCCAGCCGAUCUUCUGGGUCGCCUAUGGUUGGAAUCAACCCAGCUGGUGCAUCUCUGCGACUGACAACUACCAACCGCAGCUGCCCCACUGUGAGUCCGCUGCAGACUCUCGAGGUUGAGCAGAUCGCCGUGGCAGAAUUCGGCUUAUCAGAGGAUAUCCUUACCGAAAAUGCUGGACGAGGAAUCGCUGAAGCUGCAGUUUCCCUGCUCUCUAAUGACGCAGCAGCUCCCACCAUCCUGAUCAUCACUGGUAACCACCGCACCGGCGCAAGAGCAAUCUCCGCUGCUCGCCACCUCCGAAGCCGCGGACACCGUGUCACUGUCUGUCUUCUCGGUCCGGAACACGAGGAGGAGUUGCUUGAGAACUGCCGUAAGCAGCUGGAUAUUUUCCGGAAGAUUGGCGGACGCGUGCUCAGGUGGGAGGACCUUUCGGCGCGUCUCGCUACUGCCGACCUGGCUCCUGACUUGGUUAUCGAUGCCCUGUUCGGAAUGCACCUUGCCUUCGACGACCUGCGGACUGAUGACCAAGGUGUUGCAUUUGAGAUGAUUGCUUGGGUGAACCGUAGCAAUAUCGAAAUCCUCUCCGUCGAUGUUCCCUCGGGAAUGUCGGCUUCCAGCGGCGAGGCGACCGUUGCCGAUAGCGGUCGACUGUGUGUCAAAAGCUCCUCUGUAGUAUGCCUUGGGGCCCCGAAGACCGGAGUUCUCAAUGCCCUCCUCUCCGGAGAAGGAGCGGCCUGGAACCUUACCGUGGCCGAUAUUGGCAUUCCGCAGAUUGUGUGGCGCAAGUACGGCACUCGUCGCCGCCACGGUAUCGACUUCGGAAACCGGUGGGUGGUCCCGCUACGCCUGCAGACGCUGGCUGCAUAA